ACGGUCCUCAUUCGGUUCCUAGCCAGCCAGUGGAGAAGGCGCGGAUUUUUCUUCGCUCGCUAAACGCCUCUGGAGUACAGUUUUUUUUUUGGUACAUUGGUGGCCCCCAUUCUAGAAAAAAAAGGUGUAGUAAAACUUUUCCUCAUACUGAUUGAGACAUUUUCCUCUAGUGAUUUGGGGAGCGUUCCAUUCGCGUUUGCAGACAGAUUGUGGAUUAGUUCGGGUGUGAGAUUACAAUUGGACGGGGAAUCCUGCGAGGGGCCGGAGUUUUAGAUUGAUUGAAGGUCAAAGUUGGGCAGGGAGUUAACCUGACCCGAGUUCAGGAAGGGAAAAAAUGGGAUUCCCUCUCUAACAGUAAUUGUGUGUGAAAAAUGCAGCCACUUCCGGAGGUAGCAGGGAAAAGUGCCACAGGGUGAAUGGCAUCGAUGUGGAAAAAAUAGGUGUAAUUGCUGGAUUCGAUGGAAACCAACAGUCAGAUAAGAAGCAGAAGAAGAGCAAAAAGCAAUAACGAAGCUCACGUAAUGGUUCGUUCUCGGCUGUCGUCGGUAUAAAUAAGUGUUUCCGCGAAGAAAAAAAAGUUUCAAAAGGAGUAGCUUUCUGGAGCAGAAGUGCCAAGCGUAGCGUGAAAAUCUUCCAGGAGAAGGUCGUCGAGCUGCUGCAUUCGAUAGAUGGAUCAAUGUCCCACGCUCGCCAUGAGUGAAUGGGAAAAGUGGGCCAACUGUAGUGUUGUAGUGAAUGAGGGUGUUGUAAAAUAAGAAGAUAGAGUGAAUCCUUUUAGUGCCCAGAGCGGAAUUGGAAUACCAGGAAGUUUAAUUUCGAAUCAUCCCGCUGUUAAUUAUUGAUAAGAGGAUUUACCAUUUGCUAGUAGCGGUAGCAGCAGACAGCUCGCGGCAGACAUCAUCGUCAGCGAGCACAGAAAAAAAGGCGGCCGGAAAAAUUAGAAGCAAAACCGGUGGUGACCCGGAGUGGAUGUGUCGAGAAGGCCUUCGCGACAACUGUUAGACCACACAAAAGUUGUCCCCGCCCCACAGUCCUAGGUGAUAACGGAAAAAUAAUCCCAUUUAAUGGAACGGUGAUCGUUUGGUCCAUGCUUCACCAUUUUCCGCACAGUUCCGACCUCCGGUGAUGGGCAUCAGCGUGUGAAAUAAGUAAAAAAGACAACUUCAAAAAAGUGUCCAAGUGGGAUAAAGCUGGGUCGUGUUCCGGAUGGUGAAUCGAUUCGGGUAAAGUGCAUUCUAGGAAAGUGAUCCAUCGGCAUGUUGGAAGGGUAAACACGGUUACAGAAAAAAAUAAAGGAGAAAUCUUGUACUCAGAAUCCUUUCAUCGCUUCGGUUCAACCAUAAUCCCCGACGAUUCAAUCGAUUUGCACUGGGGAUACGUAUGAACACCGUCGUCUCACAGGUUACACAUAGGACACAUUCCGGCGCUUCGAGAACGAGUUCGUUAGCAGCGUCCAUGAAGCCAUCAGAAAACUGGUGAAAGUCCACAUUACUACCCACCUCAACGUCAUCCCCAGGCUGAGGGGAUACGCUGUAAUGAAUGCAAAUUUUAUCAAAUCACAACUACGGCGACGUCGACAAGGACGGGCAAGGAAGCCCGAAUUGGCCAUCAGAGAGCUCUAGUACCUAUAGUGCCAACCCAUAAACCUGGGCAACUGCCGAGGGGCUACAACCGCCAUUAUCAUCGUAUCAUCAUACGACCAUCUCCAUCAUUUACGGUUGAUGAGCAACGAUGUGUGCAAAUGAGAGGAAUGGCGCUGGGAGAGAAGAAAAAAGCAGCAAUGGAGCUCUAUCUAACACGGGUACAUGUUAUAUAGACCAUUAAACCAGAACUAACUAAAAAACUGUAAUACACCCACCGCCUCUGCCCCCGUACAAGGAUCGUGGGACGACUGUCAGUUAACCAGGCCAGGCCACCUUCGGGACGACAAGAGCUGCUAUCGCAUAAUUAAAUCAAAGAGCAAAAGUUAGGUCAAAUACAUAUACUUGCGAAAUCACGUUCGUGCCUCUUGUGCCGGUUGAGCAACUGUGCGCCAGGACCACGGACGAGUGGCACGCGUGCAAGGACAUUCGAAAUCGCAACCGAGCAAAAAGGGGAACCGGGCAAAGCAAUGAAAGCAAAAAGCGUCAGCAAAACCACCUGCAUCAGCACUAGCACCACAACCACGAUGACAACUGUCGUGCAGACGAUGGUGAUAGCAUUGUGCCUGUUCCAGCACUGGGUCGGUGGGUCCAGGCCCGGAGCUGGCCACCGGUUGGAUGUUUACAUAGCCGGCUUUUUUCCCUACGGAGAGGGAGUGGAGAACAGCGACACGGGUCGAGGCGUCAUGCCAAGUGUUAAGCUGGCACUGGAUCACGUAAAUGAGCAUUCCACCAUACUGAGAAAUUACCGGCUGCACAUGUGGUGGAAUGACACCGAGUGCAAUGCGGCCGUUGGAGUGAAGUCGUUCUUCGACAUGAUGCACUCGGGACCGCACAAGCUGAUGCUGUUUGGAGCUGCCUGCACCCACGUGACGGAUCCGAUAGCGAAGGCUAGCAAACAUUGGCAUCUGACGCAGUUAUCUUAUGCGGACACACAUCCCAUGUUCACAAAGGAUGCCUUCCCUAACUUUUUCCGCGUUGUCCCCUCGGAGAAUGCAUUCAAUGCACCGCGGUUGGCUCUGCUGAAGGAAUUCAACUGGACCCGGAUAGGGACGAUCUAUCAGAACGAACCGAGGUAUUCCUUGCCGCAUAAUCAUAUGGUGGCCGACCUGGACGCCAUGGGGCUGGACGUGGUGGAAACGCAGAGUUUCGUGUACGACGUGGAAGAAUCGCUGAGGAAACUACGUGAGAAAGAUGUGAGAAUUAUACUCGGAAAUUUCAACGAAUACUGGGCCAGGAGGGUGUUUUGCGAGGCGCACAAGCUGGAAAUGUAUGGGCGGUCCUAUCAGUGGCUCAUCAUGGGAACAUAUGGGAAUGAUUGGUGGGAUGUGAACGAUACGGACUGCGAUGUAGACAACGUGCGAAUGGCGCUGGAAUCAACGAUUUUGGUGGAUUUGCUGCCAUUAUCUACCAGUGGGGAAAUCGCCAUAUCUGGAAUUACUGCUGACGAAUAUCUUACGGAGUACAACAGUCGACGAGGGGUUGAAUACUCGCGCUUCCACGGAUACACCUAUGACGGAAUCUGGGCUGUGGCCAGCGCCAUUCAAUAUGUUUCUCAACGGAAAGAGCAUUCGUUGACCCAUUUCGAGUAUCGUAAAAAAGAAUGGGAGACUAUAUUUCUCGAAGCGUUGAAGAACACCAGUUUUGAGGGAGUUACUGGUCCAGUCAGAUUUUAUAAUAAUGAGCGAAAGGCAAGCUUCUUGCUGAAACAGUUCCAAAACAGCGAAGAGGUCAAAAUUGGAGAGUACAAUUCGUUAACGAACCGGCUGGAUUUGACACUCGGUCAACCGAUGAAGUGGGUUGGCCGAUCUCCACCAAAAGAUCGUACUCUGCGAAUUAUUGAACACAGUCAAGUGAACAUAACAAUCUACGUUGUGUUGGCGAGUACUUCAUGCGUCGGAAUCGUUAUGGCCACAGCGUUUCUGAUCGUCAAUAUCAAGUAUCGGAAUCAAAGAUACAUCAAGAUGUCUAGUCCGCAUCUGAACAACCUAAUCAUCAUCGGCUGUAUUCUGACCUAUUUGAGCGUAAUCUUUCUCGGACUGGACAGCGGACUGAGCAGUGUGCCGGCAUUUCCGUACAUCUGUACGGCUCGGGCCUGGCUACUGAUGGCCGGAUUCAGUCUGGCGUUCGGGGCCAUGUUCUCCAAAACAUGGCGCGUCCAUUCGAUCUUUACGGAUCUCAAGCUCAACAAGAAGGUCAUCAAGGACUACCAGCUGUUCAUCGUGGUGGGAGUCCUGCUGGCUAUCGAUCUGGCGAUCAUGACCACGUGGCAGAUUGCCGAUCCAUUCUAUCGGGAGACGAAGUACAUCGAACCAUCGGAGCAUCCCACUUUGGAGGACGUCAUAAUCGUGCAGGAGAACGAGUAUUGCCAAUCCAGCAGGAUGACCAUUUUCAUCGGCGUUAUCUACGCCUACAAGGGACUGCUGUUGAUCUUCGGUGCCUUCCUGGCCUGGGAAACCCGCCACGUAUCGAUCCCGGCACUCAACGACUCUAAACACGUUGGGAUGUCCGUGUACAACUGUGUCAUCAUGUGCGUCAUGGGUGCCGCCAUCGCACUGGUCCUGUCCGAUCGCAAGGACGCCGUCUUCAUUCUGAUAUCGCUGUUCAUCAUUUUCUGCACGACGGCUACCCUGUGUCUGGUGUUUGUUCCUAAGUUUGUAGAACUGAAACGAAACCCAACGGGCGUUGUGGACAAAAAGGUCCGAGCUACCUUGCGGCCCAUGUCCAAGAACCGGCGGGAUUCUUCGGCGUGCGAACUGGAACAACGGAUGCGAGACGUCAAGCAAACAAACUGUCGCUUCCGAAAAGUACUAAUGGAAAAGGAAGCCGAACUGCAGGCUUUAAUCAAACGGCUGGGACCGGACGCCCGAGCGUGGAUAGGACUGGAGACGAGUUCAUCGGAGCCGGACGUCAACAAAGAAUCGGUCAAGAUUCAAGUUAAGAAGGACUAUGCCAGUGAGGGAACUGAGUUUACCUCUAUUGGAAGCUUGGUCUCAAGUAAUGACACCUUGGAUUCCGUUGGACCGGAAAGAAAGAAGAAAACCACGGUUGUACUUCCGGGUGAAGAACCACCAGCAAAGCCAAUUGCUACAAUUAGCAACUCCGUUCCAAAGAGCAAUCUUGUCAACAACUCUGUUGGGCCAACAGUGGCACAAACAACGAUGGUACCAACCAUUACGACUGUCGCAACAGCUGCUCAAACGGUAACGACAACUGCCCCACAAGCCAUCGCACCCAAGAUCUCGGCCACAUCAAAUAGUAUAAGCAGCAGCACUAGUGUUCCACAAGACCCCAACAAACCGAUGUUCAACGACGUCCGACGGGAGUCGAUGGCUAGUUCAAAGUAUUCUCCAGGCCAAACGAAGGAUCGAUAUGAGGACGAUCGUCCUUAUCAAAAUAUCACUAAAUCGAGCACUCAGGUCAAUUGCACUUCCGCGACUUCGCUGAAUCAUUCAACUACCGAGCUUAACCAAGUAUGCCACCACAGCAAAUCCGUCGGAAAGAGUCGAGAUCAAAUCAAUGACCAAUCCCGGCGGGUUAGCGUCCAGAUGACAUCGUCCCUCAAAGGAAACUUUGUCGUAUCGCAAAGCGACCUCUGGGAUACCCACACCUUGUCCCAUGCCAAACAGCGUCAGUCCCCACGGGGACAAUCCCGCUGUCCUGAUCAUGGUCACCCACCGCCUCAGCAACAGCAGCUGCAACAACAACAGCAAACUCAAUUCGAUCACGAACGAGAGAACAGCACCGGCACGUCACCGGCGCCAAUUCAGCGUUGCGUAUCGGAGAAGAACCGCACUAAGCAUCGGCACAAGCAGAAAAGUACCGCCUGCCAGAGCGAAACGGAUAGCGAACGUGAGCAGCGUGACUAUCAGAACUUCCCCGCCUCCGUGUGUUCAACGGGCAGUACCGUGGCGGUCACGUCGGCGGCCGCCAGCUGCGUAACACCUACCAAGAUCACCUCACGUAAACUGUCGAAAUCGCAGCACUCGCACCACCACUCCACGCCGAACGUGGCCCCCGAGAAAAAGCAUUCCGGCUCUUCGGGCAGCGGAACCGGUGGAAGCACACACAUCCGGCAUCGCAAGAAGGAAUCCAGCUCGAAGCCGAAUCUGUACGGGGCGUGUUCCGAGUCGGAGCUCCUGGAUGGCGAUACGGCCAUCCUACCGAUCUUCAGGAAGCUGCUGAAUGAGAAGGACUCUAGAUAUAGGACUAGGAAUACAGUUGGCGCCAGCUGCCCCAAUAUAUCGAUUAAAUGUGAUAUUGUUGAGUAUCUGUAAGACGAAAGUUUGCUACGUUCGUAUUAUUUCCCCUUUAGGAUAUUGUAGACAUUACGUAAACGUUAUCGAGCGGUUUUAAACAUAGCACAAGAGUCCGUGAAUUCGAUGCCAUUGGUGUUUGACGACAACUUGAAAUUAUAGCUUUGGUCUGUCUAUG